AUGUCCAGCCAGCUCCUCGGGAGACACAUUGACGCCGUAUACCACACCUCACUUGUUUUUGAAGGUAUAGAAUACUUUUUCGGGCAAGGAGUACAGACAUGCAGGGCGGGCAGUACACAUCAUGGAAAGCCCAUGGAGGUCAUUCCUAUGGGAGUGACGGACCUGCCUAUGGAAGUUGUUUUGGAAUAUCUGGAUUCCCUAAAGACGGUGUAUACAGCUGAGUCAUAUGAUUUGUUCCUGCACAAUUGUAAUAAUUUCACCAACGACUUCGCUAUGUUUCUCGUCGGCAAAGGCAUUCCAGACCAUAUCACUUCCCUCCCAGAGACGGUGCUCAAUACUCCCUUUGGGCAGAUGUUGAGACCUCAUCUUGAUAAUAUGAUGCGACCCAUUACCCAGGCGCCAACGCCUGCACCAUUUCGCCCCUACGAAACUAAUGGAAGUCGACCGGCUCCUGAAUUAGAUCACCAACAGCCGUCUUCUAAGGCCGCGAUACCGACACGGGCUUCAGCUCCUACUCCGGCCCAAGUACCACCAGUUGCAUCAACUUCUCCCCUGGCUGCCUACACAAGUAGAGUCAAUAACGAAACCCGUCUCCAAGACGUCGAACGUCUCCUCCAGCUAGCCUCAGACCGCUGCGCUAUUAUCUUUUUCACAAGCUCCACCUGCGCACCCUGCAAGCUUGUAUACCAACCAUACGAUGACCUAGCAGUCGAGGCCAAUAUGAAGUGCAUCUUCAUAAAGAUAGACUUCAGCUACGCAGACCGCGCCAUCAGUGCCAAAUUCCCACAUGUGCGAGUCACGCCGACGUUCAUCACUUUUUUAAAAGGCCAGCAACGUGAUGAAUGGAGUGGGGCUGAUGCGAGGAUGUUGAGGAAUAAUGUAGAGAUGUUGUUGAAUGCUGCAUUCCCGCCACAUCUGCAUUUGAGUAAGAACGUACCGACGCUUUUGAGGCAGAGCCAGAGACCAAUUAUGUACGCAAAAGUUCCGCCACUGGAAAAGGUCGUUGCGAAAAUGGGUACUGUGGGGAAAGAUCCUGUUGUGAGUUCGAUUGUGUCGUUUAUUGAUGCAAGGGAGAGGUUUGGUGCAAUGGAGGCACCCCUCACCAAGUUGCCCUCUUUUGCAGAGUUCCUCAAGAGGAGCACAAAGUCGCUCCCUCCUGAUCUCCUGUUCACGGCGCUAGAUCUAUUGAGGAUCACACUCACCGACGUCCGCGUAUCUGGAUUCUUCGCCGAAGAGCACAGAGGCGCGACGGGCACUCCAGCAACAGUCUCUCACCUCCUCAGUUAUGCCGACAAGCUUGGGACUUCCACACCAUAUCCGUUAAGACUUACAACAUUGCAUCUCGCAUGCAACCUCUUCACGUCCCCGCUCUUCAUCCCACACCUUCUUUCUUCUCCACUCUCCGCUACGCUGAUAUCGCUCCUCACAACCGCCCUUCUCGAUGACAAACACCCAGCGCUCAAGGCCUCAGCCCUAAGUCUCGCUAUGAAUAUAACAUCCUCAAAUCACAAGAUCCGGAUGAAGAAACACAGUAACGCCCCGCCUUCGCAAAGCACGCCGCACUCGGACGUCGAACUCGACGAGGCCGAACAAGUCGAGCUUCUUGCCUCGCUACUUGAAAUCCUCGGCACAGGUCAAGGGGAGAAAGACGCGGAGGUCAAAAAGAUGGCGCUGAUUGCGACCGGCUGGCUGGUGUAUUGCGCGCCUAUGGAUGGAGAGGUGAGGGACUUAUGGAGGGUUAUGGAUGCGAAGGGAACGGUGGGAAAGGUUAAAGGGAGCAGUGUAGAAGAGAGGUUGAUUGUUAAAGAGGUGCAGGAGUUGUUGAGCUGA